GCCUGUUGGUGUCAGACUUGAUGCACGUUCGGAAGCAGAGAUAACAGUCUAUGGCUUAGGUGGCUGGAGUCUUUAACCAUUUUCCGGGCCUUAAGGUGAAGUUACCAUUUUAUUAGGCAUAUAAAAUAUAAAUAGCUCCAAUACACAUAUUCCUAUACAAAAGGUACAGAGAUGCAUUCUAUAAGCGUCAUGGUUCCUACAGCGGGCUCAGAAUGCACUGUUUGAAAACUGUAAUUCUUUUGUAGUGGACGAACGUGCGCAGGUCAACUUUUUUUUAAAUGUGAUUUGUUUGAAAAUCGGAAGAGAACCUCCUUGGCAGGUUGUGUUCAUGCCAAUUUAAUAGAUGGCCUCAGCAACAGCCACCUAUGGACAGAAGGAGUCCUCCGACCAGAACUUCGACUACAUGUUCAAGAUCCUGAUCAUUGGCAACAGCAGUGUGGGUAAAACCUCCUUCCUGUUUCGCUACGCUGACGACUCCUUCACGCCGGCUUUCGUCAGCACGGUGGGCAUCGACUUCAAGGUGAAGACCAUCUACAGGAACGACAAAAGGAUAAAGCUGCAGAUCUGGGAUACUGCCGGACAGGAGCGCUACAGGACCAUCACCACGGCCUACUACAGAGGAGCCAUGGGCUUCAUCCUCAUGUAUGACAUCACCAACGAGGACUCCUUCAACGCCGUGCAGGACUGGUCCACCCAGAUCAAGACGUACUCCUGGGACAACGCCCAGGUCCUACUGGUGGGAAACAAGUGUGACAUGGAAGACGAGAGGGUGGUGGCAGCAGACAGGGGCCGGCAGCUCUCUGACCAACUAGGCUUUGAGUACUUUGAGUGCAGUGCAAAGGACAACAUCAACGUCAAGCAGACGUUUGAGCGGCUGGUGGACAUCAUCUGUGAGAAGAUGUCAGAGAGCUUGGACAACGCCGACCCCGCCGUCACAGGGGCCAAACAGGGGCCCCAGCUCACCGAGCAGCCCGAACGCCCCCACCAGGACUGUGCUUGCUAAACCCACUACACACGCACCAUACACACACACACACACACCUGACCCCUCACACACCUUUUCCUACAGCCUAUGCUGGUGGAAGAGGUCUGUGAUGGGUUUGUGUUUUAGAUGGAAGAGCCUGGCUGAAAACUCUGUUAUUCCAUAUUUCAGUCCCCCGUCUAUCCAAUGGUGUUUAGAGUCCAAAGUUCACAUUCUGACUCCCCUUACUGCGGCCUCGAACCUGAAGGGAUUUCAUGUAUUUUUUCGAAGGGCCACAUUGCUGAUUAUCUGUUUACUGUUGAUAGUUUUGCUGUUUUUUUAGAUGUCCUCGAUUGGCUGGUUAGCAAUCAAAUCUAUUUAAGUGGCGUGAGUGAGGUAUGUUCAAAGUCCACAUUUUGCAUAACAAAUAUUUUUAUGAGAUUUGUUUUUUCAAACUUAUCCGACCAAAAUCCCAUGCAUAUCGGUUAUCAGUCAUGGUCAUUUCCUAAUAUUUUAUCAUUGCUGGAUUUAAGAAAAAGAACUUGAUGAUGUGGUAAGUACUGGUCCCUGUCCCAGUUUAAAUGUUUUAUUGUUAUUUUUUUAA